AUGCAGCUCCAGCAAGAUAUUGCCGCAGGGCACGAUGAUAAGCACGAAGGGGGCAAUGAGCAGCGUCACUGGGGCAGCAUGGAGCAAUCCAUGGAAAUAAGAGAACGGCACACUACCGUAGCUCUGCAACAUCGACAACUCGACCAGGAGCCUGCAUUUCGUGACCUGGCCACUCCAUUGAUUGGGAAUAUCACCUGCGUCGCCCUGGCUAAUCCCCGAAUGAACCUCGAAACAACCAAGCACCCUGUACCAAGCUCUUCUACCAAAGGGCCACACCAUGAUCCAGACACUGUGAUAGUUACUUGGGAUGGACCAGAUGAUCCGCAAGAUCCAUUCAAUUGGCCUCUGCGGAAGAAAUGGUGGACGACUGGACUUGGCCUUGUUGCAAGUUUUGUCUGUUCCAUGAACGGAACCAUCAUCGCGGUAGCCCACAAGGCCAUUAGCGAUGAAUUUCACAUCUCCGACGAGACCUUUCCUCACUCCUACUGGCUGACCACUUCCUGGGGGAUAGGGGCUGCGCUGUGCCCGCUUUUUCUGUUUCCUAUCAUGGAGGACUUUGGAGUUCGACCCGUGCUCCUCGGCGCCUAUUUCUUCUUCAUCUGUGUUUUAAUUCCCGUCGGUCUGGCUCGAAACUUUGCAACUCUUAUCGUGGUUCGGUUCUUUAGCGGCGGGUGCGUUCCACUUAUAAGCGAUGCCGUCGCUGGCGUCAUAUCAAAUGUGUUUGACGGAGAUCGAGCCCGGAGUGUCCCAAUAAGUCUGUAUGUCACGGUAUAUCUUGCGUCGACAAGCAUGGGCCCUGUAGUUGGUUCCUCUAUCCUGCAGUUCCUAUCUUGGCGUUGGAUUGGUUACACGGAAUUAAUCUGGACCGCUGCCCUUUUUCCCCUCUUCAUCGCUGGUUUCCCUGAGAGCCGCGGUUCAGCUAUCCUGCUAGCCAGGGCCAAGCAACUGCGCAACCAGGGAAAAAGAGCAUACACAGCAGCAGAGCUCAAUCAUCCUAGACCGUUGAGCCAGGCUGUCAUCGAGAGUAUACAACGGCCUCUGUACAUGCUAUGUACAGAAUCCGUGGUUUUUGUUGCUAGUCUCUGGGCUGCUUUCAGUCUGGGAACCAUUUACCUAUUCACCCAAUCCGUCGAGCAAGUGUACGGAGAGCUCUAUAGCUGGAAUGUCUCGCAGGCAGGAUACGUCCAAGGUGCUAUUGUCAUUGGAGAAAUCCUUGGCUGCGGGCUUUGCAUCUCCACUAAUCACUGGUACUAUGAUUCUGCUGCCCGCAAUCCUGAAGCUGCUCCAGAUACGUGUACGCCUAUUCCCGAGGCUAGGCUGUACACAUCAAUCGUUGGAGGGCUUUUCGGCGUCACCGGCGGCAUGUUUGUGUAUGCAUGGACUUCGUAUACCGCCGUGCAUUGGAUGGCACCUACGCUUGGCUUGGCUAUGGUCGGGUUCGGCACCACGGCAGUCAUUGUAGGCAAUGCAAACUAUCUUGUAGAUGCGUAUAGUAAGUAUGCGGCCAGCGCGCUCGCGGCUGUCGGCCUGGUCGAGAACAUCUCCAUUGCUUUUCUCCCGCUUGCCACUACGGUCAUGUAUACGGAUCUUGGAUUCCAGUGGGCGAGCUCCCUUCUUGCUUUCCUCUCGUUGGUUCUUGUUGCUACCCCGUUUGUCCUGCUCAAGUGGGGCACAGUCGUCAGAUCUCGCAGUCCGUUCAUGAAACAUGCCGUUAUCGACCGGCGAAGAGACUGUGUCCUGAACGUAUCCCCCGCCGUUGUCCCAGCAGCAGCAGCUAGCGUAUAG